CAUCUAUGCUGUCGUGGGAAAAAUCUAAGAAAUUGAUAGUAUCAACACGAAAUCUGAAGAAUACAACAUCAAUCACAGGAGAUACUUCAUAUAUUCACUCAAACUGGGUGAAACAAAUUAAGGACCAAGAACUUCAUAUUUACACUCAGAAUGGUGAAGAUGGAAUACUCUUAUGGAUAUUUGCAAACGUUGGUACAGUUAAUAAACCACCACGUUUUGUAGAAUUCGGUACUCAAGAGGGUCAACAAUGUAAUACGCGUUUUCUUCGUCAACAACUAGGUUGGCAAGGUUUAAUGAUGGAUGGAGGUUAUGAAAUUCCAAAUAUUAACCUUCACAAAGAAAUAAUCACACCAAAAAAUAUCAAUGAUCUAUUAGCAAAAUAUCAAACUCCAUCUCUAAUUGAUCUUCUUUCAAUUGAUAUUGAUUUUGAUGAUUAUUUUGUAUGGAAAUCAAUUCUACAAGCAAAUCGCUUUCAUGCACGUGUAGUUGUGAUUGAAUAUAAUUAUGCAAUUCCACCAAAGGAAAAUCGUGUUGUUGAUCCUGAUCAAGAUUUUCGCCGAUGGACAGGUUCAGAUUAUUACGGCGCUAGUAUGUUAGCAAUGGCAGCACUUGGUCGUGCAUAUAAUUAUACGUUAAUCUAUGCUGAAAAAAUGGGUGUUAAUUUAUUCUUUAUCCAAACUUCCAUACUUAUUGAACAAAACAUCCUACAUAAAGUACCAUCAAUAAAAGACUUACAUAUAUCGAGACCUGCGAAGUAUUGGAAACAUCCCCCUGAAAUCGAUAAGACACGACGAUGGAUAUGGAACGAUACUAUAUGGAUAUAA